AUGGCCAGCCCGGAACCCCGGUGCGGCGGGGACAGCGCCGCCCAGGCCGCGAGGGAAACAAAGGCAGAGGCCAAGUCCACUCUUCAGGAGGAGAGCUCCAAAUCCCCCAAUGAGGUAGAGACCUUCAACCCAGAGCUUCCUCUAUCUUUGGAGGGGACCUUGAACCUAGAGGACAUUCUCUACCUGGGAGAUACAGGUGACCUUGAUGAGACACUGUUUGUGGAAGAAACUGAGAAGCCAGAGGAGACACUGUUUAUUGAGGAGACAGUGCAGCCAGAUGAGACACUGUAUGUGGAAGAGACAAGGAAGCCAGAGGAGAUAUGGUCUGUGGAAGAGCCCACGAAGCCAGCAAAGGCUGUAAGCCCAGAGCAGAUCGAACAUGUGGAAGAGAUAGUCACAAGGGAGGAGAACUCUAACCCUGAGUUGAGCCUCAGGGCAAGGCCCAGUGCAAGCACAGAGGAGGCUCUGAGCAUAGAGGACCUGGAAUUGCUAGAGGAGCGUUUCCAGCAGUGUGUCCAAGCUGUGGCCCAGCUGGAAGAGGAGAGGGAUCAGCUCAUCCAUGAGCUUGUGUUGCUCCGGGAACCAGCCCUACAGGAGGUGCAGCAAGUCCAUCAGGACAUCCUGGCUGCCUACAAAUUGCAUGCCCAAGCAGAGCUGGAGAGGGAUGCACUGAGGGAGGAGAUCCGGCUGGUCAAGCAGAAGCUGUUCAAGGUAACAAAGGAAUGUGUGGCCUACCAAUACCAGCUGGAGUGCCACCGGCAGGAUGUGGCCCAGUUUGCUGAUUUCCGGGAAGCGUUGACUACACGGGCAUCCCAGCUUUCAGAAGAGCUGGCCCAGGCCAGGGAUGCCUAUCAGAAGCAGAAGGAGCAGCUGAGACAACAACUAGAUGCACCCCCGAGCCAGAGGGAUGGGCACUUUCUCCAGGAGAGCCGGCGGCUCUCUGCCCAGUUUGAGCACCUCAUGGCCGAAAGCCGCCAGGGCCUAGAGGAAGAAUAUGAGCCCCAGCUGCUGCGGCUCCUAGAGAGGAAAGAAGCUGGGGCCAAAGCUCUACAGAAAACCCAGGCUGAGAUCCAGGAGAUGAAGGAGGCUCUGAGACCCUUGCAAGCCGAGGCCCAGCAGCUCCGCCUGCAAAACAGGAACCUGGAGGACCAGAUGACACUUGUGAGGCAAAAACGAGACGAGGAGGUGCAGCAGUACAAGGAACAGCUGGAGGAAAUGGAAGAACGACAGAGGCAGUUAAGAAGUGCAGUGCAACUCCAGCAGCAGAAGAACAAAGAGAUGGAGCAGUUAAGGAUCAGCCUCACUGAAGAGCUCUCGACCUAUAAGGGCUGUUUAGAAAUCUGUGGACGAAUCUGUACUCCAGAAACAAAAAUAACUUCUUAG